AAAGAUGAACAAUAAUAAUGCUGUGGUUUCACGUGUAGGCUAAGUGUGGUAGCAAUUCCCUAACUUUAAAGCCUUCAUUUUGAUUCCAAAACGCACACCCAUUGCUGCCAUGGCUCUUGAGGCUGUUGUUUUCCAUCAGCACCCAUUUGGCAACAACGACAACAGCAACAAUGAUCUCUUCAAUUUGGUCUCUUCUUCGGCUCCCUUCACCUUCACCCAUGAUGAACACCACCAUGAUCUUUACUUUCUCACCAACCAAACACUCAAUGGUGGUGGCGGCGGAGGGAGUGGGCGGCCGGCGAGGCGGCGGCGGGGAGGGAGAACCCAAAAGAAUAAACAGGAAAUAGAGAAUCAAAGAAUCACUCAUAUUACUGUGGAGAGGAACCGGAGAAAGCAAAUGAAUGAGUAUCUCUCUGUUCUUCGAUCAUUGAUGCCUCACUCCUACCUCCAAAGGGGCGACCAAGCCUCAAUCAUAGGCGGAGCCAUCGACUUUGUGAAGCAGCUUGAGCAGCAAGUACAUUUGCUUACCAGCGCUCAAACAUAUGUAAACCCCUGUUUUCCCCCUCAAAAUGCACCAAUCUCUCAUUUCUUUACCUGCCCUCACCUCUCCUCUGCUGCUGCUGCUGCUUCCUCCUCCUCCCCCCCCAUGUCUUCCAACCAGAUUCACUCCCCCAUUGCCCACGUCCAUGUCUCCAUGGCUGACUCCCAUGCAAACCUCAAGAUUAGGUGUACAAAGUUCCCUAAACAGCUUCUUAAGAUCGUCUCUGCUUUGCAUUCCUUGCGCCUCUCUGUUCUUCAUCUCAAUCUCUCCACUGCCCACCAAACUGUGCUCUAUUCAUUCAGUCUCAAGGUUGAGGAAGAUUGUGGGCUCUCUUCGGAGGAUGAAAUUGCUAGAGCUGUGUAUCAGUUGGUUUGCAGAAUUCAAGAAGAGGCCUUCUCCGUUUCAGAUAUCAUAAACUAAAUUAGCAUUUUUAAUUCAACUUUGAGAUCGUUCUUGUUCUUGUUCUGUUCUUUCUUUUUUUCUCUCUCGAUCUAAAUUUUGGUCCCUUAAUUAUGUUCUUUGUGUUUCAUUAAUUACUUUUAGGCUCUGUCAUCAUAACUUCCCCUAA